AUGAAUAUUGUCUACUACUCAAGAUUUUGUCAGCUUAUAUUUUCUUACUGCUUCCCUGAUGUGCCCCUUCCUGAAGAUGGAAAUGAACUCCCAUUUAAAAUUACCAAAAGAGCUUUUACUGAUCUGAUUAAGAAAGAUAGUAAAAAGAAUGUUGUGCCUGUAUUUGCUAUUCCUGUGACUGUACAGGAUAAACUAAAGAUAGCCUUACCAGACAAGUAUGAAGCCUUAUUCUCUGAUGAGAAUAUCCCACAGCCUCCAUCUCCAGAUCGUAACCCAAUAGUAACUGCAGAUCCCAAACCAACCUCUGGUUCUUCUCAACAAGGACCAGUUGUAAUAUCUUCACCAAAAAGAGUACUGAGGUCUUCUAGAUCCCCAUCCAAACAGCCAUCUCCUCCUCCCAGGAAAAGAAGAUUCCUUCAGAAGAUUUCAGAUUCUGAAUCAGAAGAAGAUAUUCCUCCUCCUCCACCAGCAAAGAAACUGAGAAAGAAAAUAAAGGCAACCUCUGUUACUGAUCUGACUGUGGAACCACCACAAUCAGACGAUCCUAAACAACCUUUGAUUCCAUUCUCUGAUCAAUCUGCAGAACCAUUGUUGAUAGAACCUAUCUCUGCAGUGCCACUUGAUAUUGCUGCAGCUAACCAACAAAUGUCAGAGUCAACCCCUGAUCACAAUGAUCAAUCUGAAGGGGCAAAAUCUGUUGAAGAGAAAUUAGCAGCUGAUAUUCUUGUGUCAGAAACAGUUCCUGCUGUCCCCAAUCAAUCAGAAGAUGCACAGAUAGAGUUGGUUUUGCAAAUGAUUCAGGAUUCUCUGCUUCAACCUGAAGUUCUUGUUGCAGCUCCUGCUCAGGAGAUUACUGAAGCUGCAAACUCUGAUGCAGCUACUGAAGCUCUAGAGAUGUGCAGAACCACAUCACCUUCUGUGGAAGAUAGGCUUACCUCUAUUGAAGCCACUCAGGCUUCAAUGAAUUAUACUCUGGCAGAUUUGAGUGCUUCUGUGGCACAGCUGGUACAGCAAUUAAAAAGGAAAAAGCCAGAUGAUGAUGAGGCAGAAAAAGGGGAAAUAAACAAACAGCAGAAGCUGAAGCUGCUGCAAAGUAAAGAAACAAAGAAGAACAGUAGAGAAGCAGCAAGCUCUGAGAGACCACCCAGAGAAUCUCAAAAACACAGAUCAAUGGAACUGACUGUUGUAACUCAAGCUCAGAACAUAACCAAAGCAGUCAGAGAUUCAGAUGCAUUAUCCAAAGAAAUUGAUCUUGUGAACUCUGAAGUGGAAAAGAAGAAAGAAAACUUGUUCAGAGGCAAAGAAACUACUCUCUUUUAUAAAUCUCCUUCCUUGCAAGCAAUUGAUGAAGCUAUGGCAAGAAAAAUCUUUGAAAAAGAAAAUCCAGGAGUGGAUAUUGAGGCCAUCAGACUGGAAGAAGAAAGAUUGGCUGCUGAGAAGAAGAAGAUCAGCAAGACAAAAUCUGAUGAGCAAAGACAGAUUACUGAUUCCUCUCAAAAGCAGGAAAUUCCAAAGAAAAAGGGAAUAGUAAUCAGUGAAGUAAACUACACUGAUAUCAACAGACCAAGAACUAGAUCUCAGACUCAAUCUGAAUCUGAUAUAGCAGACAAAGGAAAGAAACCUGUUGAUGGAGUUCCUUCAGCUACUCCUUUAAAGUUCCAGUUGAAGAAGAGAAAGUCAAAGAAACUAAAGCUUCUUGGUUAA